AUGUGGGCGAGCUUCUCCACGAAGCAGAGUCUGCUCACGAUCAAGGCCCAAGCUUGGGCCAGCGAUUUGUUUCUUGUUGCUUCGCUGCCCCUUUCUUGCAUGUGCUCGCCUCGAGACAUCGCCACCACUACAUCUACCACCACAUCCACCACCACAACCGCAGCGAUGCUUGCCCCAUGGUUGCAGCGGUGCCACGGUGUGCAGAUCUCCUGCAUUUGCGAGUUGCCAGGUUUUGCGGACAGAGGGGCUGAAGCUGCAAAUGCUGCCAAGUGGAGGUGGAACAAGCUAAGCCUUGGGCAGCCGUUCUACAAGUCCAAUGUUCGUGGUUGGACGAAGCUGACCUACAACCAGCAGAACCUGGACUGCAAUGUCAAGGUCAAUGGGCAGCUGACUGACAUGAGCCGCGACGUCACCCUGGACUUUAGGAACUCGACCUACGCCAAAGCCAGCGGCCCCUUGAAAUUGUCUGGAACACCCCAGGUGCAGCUGACCAGAACGUACAGCUUCACCGGCAGGGGCUUGGUCUUCAAGGCAAACUUCCAUGUCCUGGCGCUGGAGCCUGUGUCCAGCGUGCAGGUGUGGAUGGGCACUUCGGAUGACUGGAUUGGCACGACAGAUCGACCUACGAAGGAUCAAGGCAGCUUCCGUGGUGGUGACUUUGUCCCCAUUCCGCACGGCCGCAUCUUGCGGGUCCAUUCAGGUCAUGAGGAUGUUUUCGUGUACUCGACUCACCCUGAUAGUCAUGCCAUCAUCCUGUCCCACUACGGCCAAUGGGGUGACGUGCUG